AGCUUGGCGGUUCAUUUAAAACGGUCACAACACCACAACACUUGCAUCAUGUCUACAAAUCUCAGAAAAUCGUUCCGACUAUCGUGGUUGCCAGGUAAAAAGUACAACGUUUUGGAAGGAAAAGAAAACAUGUAUUUCAAUACACCUAAAUACAAACGUGCUAUUUCCGAAGGAGAUAUUCCAACACAGCGGCACGCAAUCCAUCCGAUGAGAAACCGUGAAAACCAGAAGCCGAAGUUUGAAAGGAAUUCUACCCUUACAAAGUCUGUUCGGGAAGCUGUCGGAUCUUUGAAACAGAAAUUCCGUGUAUCCACAAAAAAGCUGAAAAGGUUAACAAAUGAGACAAGAAGCCCGUCACCUACCAAAGGGGUUCGUCGCAGUAACCGCACUUCAGGAAGAACUCCACCCCGGCCAGGUCAUCAUGAUGUGAAAAUGUAUUCCCCAUUUUUGAUUGACACACCAAACACAAAACGAACACCUACAAGGUUACGCACAUCAAUAUCUACACGAUGGACUGACAACAUGGAGACCCCGACUCGUCUUCGAAAGGAGGUAGAGGCUCUCACCUCCAACAUGCAAGCUCUAGCCACACUCACUCCUGGGGGCCUGCAGCAGAGACCCAAAACUAGACGAUCCACAAUUUCCCCACUGACCAAUGGUAGUUUGAGGACGCGACCAACAGCUGAACGGAGUAGUGAAAGGUUGCAGACACGACAACAGAGGAUAAAGACUUCAGCUCUAGUGUACUGAUCAAAGAUACAGACAUUUCUGGUGCUUUUCUUGAUGAAUCUCUUAAAUAGUGCCAUUACAUGUAAGAAAACAACUUACAAACUGAACAUUUGCUCGGUCAAAUGAAGUGGUGCUAGCUAGAUACCAUUGUUGUAUUGCUUAGCUUUUUGUGUUGAAAUCAUCAGUUAUGUGGCAGCUUAAGCUGUCCAGCUGUUAGUUAUAACAUAAGCUUAGAACUGUUGGAAGAUCUUUAGGAUAAAAUCACUCUAUACCAAAAAAUACUUUGAAGUCGUUUAAGAAAUUAAUAUGUAGUUUUAGUACAUAAUGUAUGAUGCAUUUUGUGAUAGAUUAAUGCUAUUAAGGUAGCUAUCCUGUUAGUGAAUUGUUUUAGUCCCAUCUGUUUUUUUUUUUUUUUUUUUUUUUUUAAAUUUUUGACCUCAAAACACUUGCCAGUCUUUAUUUGAAAUUUGUUAUGUACAUGUACUACACAUGUACCAGGUGCAAUACAUUAGCAGGUUAAUACUAAAUUUCUUUUGGCUGAAUUCAAAAUAUUGUCUUCAGACUAUUUUAAAAAUUGAUUUACUGUAUAAUUGUUUACUUGGCAGGGGUUAUAAUUCAUACUUGUCCCAGUUGUGGCUAGUUCAUUGAGAUUAGAUUUAAUGCAACCCUGCAUUUAGCAGUAAACGGGAACAUUGUCACCCAUGUGUUGUAUACAGGCAUUAGAUUUUCUGACAUUUUUUUCCACUAUCAAAAUACUUGCUGCUCCUUUUAUUAUGCAUUAAGGUCAUUGACCGCAAACAUUAAGUGAAAUCCCCCUGAACAUCACGUUUUUUCAUGACUAUUUUUCUGACAGUUGGGAUUUUUUUUUAUUGCUCUUCAUUAAAGCCACAACAUAUUUGUAUGAAAUGAUUUUGUUUUGGUGAAAUUUGCAAUGUCAAAAUUUCUUGUCUGUGUAAGAUUUUAAAAAUCCUUGCUGAGAUAAUAAUUUUACUGUGUAGUAAUUAUUAUAUUUUGAUACUUUUACUUUGUAACGAAUAGUCAUUCACUCCAUGACAUUGGUGUUUUCCAAGUUACCUUUGCCCAGUAUUACAUUAUCUCUUUCUUUUGUUGUCGUCCUUCAUCCUAAAUUUUUAUACUUUUUUUUGUAAUGGACAGUCAUUCAACCCAUUACCUACGUGAUUUUCUACCUACUUUUGCCCUGUACUUGUAUCUCAUUCUUUUGCUGUCUUUCCUUCACAUUUUCUGUUUUGAUUUUCAUAAGUGAUACCUGUAUUUAUUCACUAAUACAACAUACAUCACUUGUAUAUUUUACCAGGUAUAGGUGCCCAUGCUUAGAAAUAAGCCCAUCUCGCUCUUUUCACAUUUCCACAGUGUAUAAAUGCAUUCAUAUUGUUGAAGCAGAGAUAAUAUCAUCAUUAUUCCCUCUUGCAUGCAUGUAUUUUAUUAUCUAUAAAACAAUUUGGGCUAUUCCUGUAAAAAGCAUCUAUCCCACCCAAGGACUCCAGAUUUUACAUGGGGUGCCACCCUUUGAGUUUAGUAGAUAAUUCAUCUAGAAAUAAUUGGCUGGAAACCAAACCAUGGAUACAAGUGAUUUAUUUUGGAGUCCUAGGGUCAAAUAGAUAUUUUACAGCUAUAGUCCUCAUGGUUACUCUGUAUAUUGUAGAAUUAAAUUUGUAUUGUGUGGUUUUAAUACUCAUUCCUGGAGAUAUUUAAUUUUUUUUAACAUUUCUUACUUGCACAUAUAACUAUAACUGAAAAUAAAUAUUUACUAGUAGUAGUGUCGAUAUGCUGAUAUCAAUAUAGGUAUGUAGAGGGGAGGAGAGGGGCACAGACGUAUUCAUGAUCACAGUAUAUAAUUAUAGAUAUAUAUGUGGUCCCUUAAAAUUAGGAAAACAUAAAAUUUUGGCGUUUUGAGCAUAGGAGGUGUUUCUUAGUUGACUAAAGAAAAUGCUUUUUAAAAUCACACAAUGCUCCAGAACGUUUUACUCUUGAAACAAUAUUCAUUUAAAAUAAAAUUGCAUGUCAUUUUAAA